AUGGACGACACUGAAGUCCAAGUAGAACCGGUGCAACAAAACAACUCUAAAAAAUAUGUGGUCGUCAUGGCGCUGCUCUUCGUUAAUUUAUUAAAUUAUAUGGAUCGCUUUACGAUAGCCGGAAUUCUCUCCGAAUUACAAGCCUAUUUUGAUAUGAACGAUAAAGAAGCGGGGAUGCUGCAGACUGUCUUCAUCGUUUUCUACAUGUUUUGUGCGCCGCUCUGCGGAUACCUGGGUGAUCGCUACAACCGGAAGUUGAUCAUGAUUUCUGGGUUGAUAAUCUGGAUCCUGGCCGUUUUGUCGAGUAGUUUUGUGACAAAGAAUCACUAUUGGGUGUUCCUAUUCCUUCGCGGAGUCGUCGGAAUUGGAGAAGCCUCCUAUUCUACAGUAGCACCAACAAUAAUCGCCGAUAUUUUCACCGGAAGUGCUCGCUCGACAGUGUUGAUGAUCUUCUACUUUGCUGUUCCGGUUGGAAGUGGUAUGGGCUACAUCGGUGGAGCCUAUGUCUCACUUUGGCUAGGCGGUUGGCAGUGGGGAAUUCGAUUCACACCGGUUCUUGGCUUCUUCUGCCUCCUGCUCCUCAUCUUCUGUGUCGAAGAGCCAGCCCGAGGUGCUGCUGAUCACGCCCACCUUGCCACCAGCUCUGUCAAGGAAGAUAUGAAGUAUCUCUGGUCCAUCAAGACCUUCCGUCUUAACACUAUCGCAUUUACAUGCGUCGUUUUCGCAGUAGGUGCCCUAUCCUGGUGGACACCGACCCUAAUCUCUCAUGCCUAUGCUAUACAACAUGGUAUUGAUGUUGUGCCUCCAAGUGAGAAGGCCAGUGUCUCCCUCGUUUUUGGCCUUAUCACAUGUUGUGCCGGAAUCGUUGGUGUUGUCGUUGGUUCUACCGUAGCCCAGGCCUGGAGAGAAGGUCGUUGGGGCUUCAAGGCCACUCACACCGCCGAUACUUUUGUCUGCGCUACCGGAAGCCUGCUUGCGAUGCCUUUCCUCUAUAUCUGUCUGGUUACCGCAGCUCAUCACAUUACUACGGCUUGGGUCCUAAUGUUCUUCGGUGUCACUUGUAUGUGUCUGAACUGGUCCGUUAAUAUGGAUAUGCUUAUGUACACGGUCGUUGCCAAUCGCCGCGCUACCGCUACAGCCAUACAAACCCUUCUUUCUCAUCUUCUUGGAGAUGCGACAUCCCCAUAUGUUAUUGGAAAUAUUAGUGAUAUGUUAAGAGGGGAUUCUACAACCCAAAUCGAUGCCUUCUUUGCGCUGCAAAAAGCGUUGUUCAUCACUGCAUUUGUUUUGGUCGCUUCUGGAGGGUUCUAUCUCUGGGCUUCGUUUUAUAUUGUGGAUGAUCAUCAUAGGGCUAAGGAGGCUAUGGGUGUAACUGACGAAUGGGCUGAAGAUGCGGAUGACGUCGAAACGCUAAUCCGUGAUGUUCGCCACCAUAACAGUGAUGAA